AUGAGGCUGGUCUGGAAAUCCCUCGACAAGAUGAGGUGUCUGAGGAAACGCUCCACUAUUCCCUUCCUCGGCUUCCUCAUCACCUUCCUCCUCUUCCUUAACCUCUAUAUUGAAGAUGGCUACGUGCUGGAAGAGGAUAAAAGGCAGCUCAGGGAAACAUCAGUCCACCCUCCGAGCUCAGAGCGAUACGUUCACACCUUCAGAGACCUCAGUAAUUUCUCUGGAACCAUUAAUGUCACAUAUCGUUAUCUUGCUGGAACCCCUCUGAACCGCAAGAAGUAUCUUACCAUUGGACUGUCAUCAGUCAAAAGAAAAAGAGGGAAUUACCUUCUGGAGACGAUCAAAUCCAUCUUUGAUCAGUCCAGCUAUGAGGAACUGAAAGAGAUUGUGGUUGUGGUCCAUCUGGCAGACUUUGACCUGGUCUGGUGUGAGAACCUGGUGCAAGAAAUCACCAGGAAGUUUGCCCACCACAUCAUAGCCGGACGCCUCCUUGUGAUCCAGGCUCCGGAGGAAUACUAUCCAUCUCUGGAUGGUUUGAAAAGGAACUACAACGACCCAGAGGACAGAGUCCGCUUCCGCUCUAAGCAGAACGUAGACUACGCUUUCCUCCUCAACUUCUGCACAAACCUCUCUCACUUCUACAUGAUGCUAGAGGACGACGUCCGCUGCUCCAGGAACUUCCUGACAGCGCUGAAGAAGGUGAUCACCUCCAGAGAAGGUUCCUACUGGGUGAUGCUGGAGUUCUCCAAGCUGGGCUACAUUGGGAAGCUGUACCACUCCAGAGACCUGCCACGUCUGGCUCAUUUCCUCCUCAUGUUCUACCAGGAAAUGCCUUGCGACUGGCUCCUCAUCCACUUCAGGGGUCUGCUGGCCCAGAAGGACGUGAUCCGCUUCAAACCCUCGCUGUUCCAGCACAUGGGCUACUACUCCUCUUAUAAAGGAGCAGAGAACAAGCUGAAGGACGACGACUUCGAGGAGGACUCCAUAGACAUUCCUGACAACCCUCCUGCCAACCUUUACACAAACAUUAACGUCUUUGAAAACUAUGAUGCCACCAAGGCUUAUAGCACGGUGGAUGAAUACUUUUGGGGGAAGCCUCCUUCCACUGGAGAUUUCUUUGUCAUAGUAUUUAACAAAUCUACCAAAAUUAGUAAAAUUAAGAUUUCUACCGGUUCUGACGACCGACAGAAUGAUAUUCUUCACCACGGCGCUCUGGAAGUAGGAGAAAAACUAGUUGGGACUAAGAAAGGGAAACAGUGUUCUUCCUACAUCACAUUAGGGGAGUUUAAAAAUGGCAACAUCGAGGUUCAAGAUGUAGACCACAAGAUUGCCUUUGACAUUGAGUGUGUGCGCAUUGUGGUGACAGCCAGUCAGAAAGAAUGGCUCAUUAUUAGAAGUAUAAGUUUAUGGACUACACAACCCCCCAGCCAAUGA